AUGAUAUGGCGUACUGGGCAAAUCGAGGACAAAUAUGUUCUCAUGUCUUUGGCGAUCCUUGUCAUCAUCAGCAUUUGGCAUGCAGUAGUGACUCUCUUUCCGAACGCGCCUCCUCCUACUCCGCCAACUGAAGCAUCUGCCCGCAGUACACCCACAACGACUAGCACUGACGUAAGAUCUCCGGCAUCUCCGUCUUCGACUUCCCCUAUCGCCACCAGAUCUGCUUCCGCCUCCGGCCACAAGUUUCCAGUAGCUAGGGCUUCGUCUGCAUUUUCCGCUUCAACCCCGAGCACUCUAACAGCAUUCGGGUCCCAGACGCACACGGUGGGGCUGUCGACUCCUGCAACCCAGACCUUCUCGGGCAGACGAAGAGGCAGGCUAACAAGAGCAGCAUCUAUUGGGAAUUGGGAUACACCGAACCUCGACGAACGGCUGCUUUCCAGGUCUGACCUAUCAGCAUUGAAUGAGGCUCGGCCAUUGUCCGAACGAGGGGCAAUAGUGAAACAACAACGGCCAGCCGAUCGGCACACGUUUGUUCGUCAAAUUGUGCUAAGGGACGCGGAUAUGGGCAAUUCCGAUGUGUCGCCCAACGCCGGAUCAACAACCACUUCAACCAAGUCAGAGGAGAAGCCGAGGCUCCAAGAGAGAUUAGGUACCAUGCCGGUGCUGCCUGCUCAGGUAUGGGACCUACCCGACUUCCCGACAGAGAUGCAAGGGAAACAGGCCACACGAAGAAGAGACAAACAUAAGUUAGAUUUGAAGGGGCUGUUUUGA